AAAGUAUGCUCAGGACAGCAUGGGGUAGGCAAACGUCGGGCGAACUAUGGAUAGAAAAAAGAGGUCAAAAGGGAGCUUAAAACUCCAAAGGGCUUCGCUGUCGAUUUUCUUAUGGGUGGGGUGUCUGCCGCCGUAGCGAAGACAAGCGCUGCACCCAUCGAGCGUAUUAAGCUCAUGGUUCAGAACCAGGAUGAAAUGAUAAAACAAGGACGGCUUACGAGCCCUUACAAAGGAGUUGUCGAUGCGUUCACGCGCACGUAUCGAACUGAAGGUCUUGUUUCGUUGUGGAGAGGGAAUACCGCGAACGUGAUUCGUUACUUCCCUACACAAGCAUUGAAUUUCGCCUUUCGGGACUACUUUAAAUCACUCUUUGGGUUUCAGAGGAGUGCAGGUUACUGGACAUGGUUUGCGGGGAACGUAGCAUCUGGCGGUGCUGCUGGUGCUUCUUCCCUCGUUUUCGUGUAUUCCUUGGACUACGCUCGAACUCGCCUCGCUAAUGAUGCCAAGACGGCGAAGGUUGGAAGUGUACGUCAAUUCAAUGGAUUAAUAGACGUGUACAAGAAAACUUUCGCAACCGACGGCAUCCUUGGUCUUUAUCGCGGGUUUGUCCCCUCUGUAGUUGGGAUCAUCGUUUAUCGCGGGUUAUACUUCGGUGGAUACGAUUCCUUGAAACCCUUCGUUCUCGUUGGUUCACUAGAGGGUUCAUUGCUGGCGUCAUUUAUGUUGGGUUGGGGGGUAACGAUUGGAGCGGGAUUCGCUUCAUACCCAUUGGAUACAAUUCGUCGGCGCAUGAUGAUGACAUCUGGUUCUGGUGUCAAUUAUAAAUCAAUGUUCGACGCCGGGUCUCAGAUUAUUGCGAAAGAGGGGAUCAAGUCGCUAUUCAAAGGCGCUGGAGCCAAUAUUCUCAGGGGAGUGGCUGGUGCUGGUGUCCUUGCUCUGUACGACAAGUUGCAAGAAAUUUUGUUUGGAAAAGUUUACCGUGGAGGGUCAGGUUGAGGGUAAGUUACGGCCCAAUUAAAAGGGAGCGUUGGGUUAGAUCCAGGUUGAAUACGGUUCAAGUAAUCACUACUCAUGGUUAUUAAUAUUACUUUACAAGUACGGUCGUGGAAUUUUCGAAUUCGCCAUU